ACGUAAACUGUUUCAACUUAUCAAAACUGUAUCUAUAAAUGACAAUGGCGAGAAGAAUAAUCUAAAAAUAAAAAAAUAAAAACUCCGGAUUUCGACUGUGAAUUGAAGGUUAGAUUGAAGCCUUGAAGUCUCCAUUUCCCUCUUCCAUUCGCAUUAUCCGUUCCUCUAAUUUCACAUUCCUCCCUCUCUCCCUCUGAUCUCUUUGUUUUUGUUGACUUUUCUCUGGGGAGAUAGGAUGGCUGAUGGGACCACGCACUUGCAGUCGCGGUACGUGAAGUUGAAGAAGGAUCAAGCACCAUUGGAGGAGAUCACCCCCGGAGAGCUUAACCAAUCCAUUCAAGUCCCUCAGUUAGUCGUUCAUAGAUGUAAUGAAUGUGGUCAACCACUGCCUGAAAGCUACCAGCCACCUGCUGAUGAAGAUUGGACAACUGGGAUAUGUGGCUGUGCUGAAGAUACUGAAAGUUGCUGGACUGGACUUUUCUGCCCAUGUGUGUUGUUUGGGCGUAAUGUUGAAAAUUUGCAAGAUAUUCCAUGGACCAAUGCAUGUGUUUGUCAUGGCAUGUGUGUCGAAGGUGGACUUGCACUUGCAGCAGCAACAGCUCUGUUCCACGGUAUUGAUCCUAAGACAUCAUUUCUCAUUGCUGAGGGUCUGUUAUUUAGUUGGUGGAUGUGUGGCAUCUACACUGGUUUAUUUCGACAAUCAUUGCAGAAGAAAUAUCAUCUCAAGAACUCGCCAUGCGACCCCUGCCUGGUGCACUGCUGCUUGCACUGGUGUGCCAUAUGUCAGGAACACAGGGAGAUGAAAAACCAUUUAUCUGAUAAUGCCGCAGUUAACAUGACUGUUGUUAGCCCUCCACCGGUUCAAGAGAUGGACACUCGCGAGAACAAGGAGUCCGCACCAUCUGCGCCCGAAAAUGGCGAGCAAAGCAAUUUGGAAAUUCAGCCUUUGUAGAAUUUUCAAAUUUCCUAUUAUACAGGACUCAAAAAUUUUUCUUCCUUCAUUUCUGUUACUAUUUUUUUUUUUUUUUUAAAUGUUUGAAUGUAGCACAUCAACAAUACUGGCUUCCCAUCGUAGUAUCAAUGUAACAAUACAUACAUGUUUAGUUAACGGGGGAGCACCUUGGUUAAAAUGGAACAAAUAGAUGAAAAGCAAUAAUAUCCGUGCUUGCCACAGGCACCAUAAA